ACUACCGUCCUCCUGAUUUUGUGAUAUCUGUGAAAGUCUAGGGGUGUAUAAUUUGCAGAGACACCAAAAAGGGACUACCUUUGUGUGAGUGCAUCGUAUGAUGUUUUUCUUAGCAUCAAAUGUGUUUUCUUUUGCAACCACAAACAAAAAAACUAACCUUCGGGUAUCUUUCUACCUUUCAAAGAAUUAGGAUUACUUGAGGCAUUUGACAACGUAUUAUUUAUCAACCCCUGGUCAUGUAUGGUAUAUUUUCAUGCACCCGUUCCCAUGAAUAACACAAUUUUCUUUUUUCCUUUUCAGUAUGUGGAUGUGAAAAUACAACAAGCUGAAGAAGACCGUUCUUUUCGUCAGCCACCAUCGUCCAAUACUUUAAAAUCGUCAGCUCAUUUAAUCCUUAACCCGACGGUGGAUCUUGCCGCGGAAGGAAGUACUAGCAAAACCAUGAAGCACUGGCUGUAUAACGAUGCUGCCGCGCACUUGUUUAACGUCGCCUUCAUUCCAAGCACGGGACACAUACGCAUUAAACACACCGGUAAAUACUUUUUAUAUACCAGGGCAAGCGUGUUAUUUAAAGCGUCAAAUGAUCCGCCUUUGAUACACUCUGUGCAUAAGAAGUCGGCAAGCUCAGCCCUAAGAGAGCUUUUGAGGGCGGUCCGUAUAAAUAGGUGGUCUUCGGCGCUGCGCUACGACGUACAGACCUCGUUUUUGAGCGGAACUUUUGACCUCAGGGAGAAUGACGAGGUGUAUGUUAGCCUCAAUAACAUAGCGAGGUUAUAUUUUUCUGAGAGGAAUUAUAGAUCAACUAAUUUUGGUUUGUUUAUGAUUUAACGUCGCAGCAGGUUCUGCAGCAUAGAGUAGCUGUCUUGAAGUCGUGGGAUAAUUUGUACAGGCCACCUCCCCUCCUUUUUAUUUUACCCUUUCCUUGGUGGGCAGGUUAUUUUCAAAUUACAAUAUAAAUUCAAAUUAAAAAUUCAUGCAAUCUCAAAACUGAUAGAUCCCUGUGAUAGAUGCCUGUGAUGUUAAUUUUCACAUGUGAAAAAUACCUCAUCCUACAAUGGACAAAAAAGUUCGGAAACACUGUUAUUCUAAUAAACUUUAAAUAAUCAUAAAGUUAAAUUCUUAACCAAGUUUUAAUGGAUAAUGCACCACGGUAACAUUCAUUGCUUUUUUAUAUACACGGAUUAUUUUCCUGCUACAUUAUAUAGUUUUUUUAAAUUAUUUUUGGUCGAGUGUAUAAGAAUCAACAACCUGUACGAAAUAUAUUUUUUCUUUACAUCAUAUGUAAUAAAUCUAUUUAAGCAGAAAAAGAAAAAUCACUACUGAGUCAGUAUAGUAAGGAAAUUUGCCUUUAUCUGUAGAAACAGUAAAACAUACAAAUGGGCAUCUUAAUAAAAGGAUUUGGUAAAUUUGUAAAAAAAAAAAAAAUGUAAGAGUAGAUAUAAUUUUACAGUUAACCUGACAUUCAAAUCACUUAAACUAUUCCUUUGGAAAUUUUUCAGUUUUGAAAAAAAUUAGACAACUGGUGAAAUUUAUAACAGCAACAUAUACUGUUACAUAAGAGCAACUGUACAGAAUACAGUUUAUGUUUAUUUUAUGUAUGUUUAUUUUAUGUAUGUUUUAUUUUUUUAACAUACUGUAACAUACUGCUUUACUAUAAUUAAUAGAUAAUAAAUGUGUCCAAUAUCACAUUAUCAUUAAUGUAUAAAAACUGCUGUCAAAAGUACUAUAAUACUUUAUCUGUGAUAUUUUUGCAAAAUAAAAAAAAAUCAUGAAAU